GACGAUUAUGGUGUUUAGUAAUAAAAGUGCAGUAUAUCAGACAUAACGUCAUAUCUCGGUUAAAAUAUAUCAAGUUUAUUUUUUAAGAUACGGACGAGUAGUUUCCAGUACCAGUAAAACUGAAGAUGCCUUUCAGUCAUGUAAACCAAACAACAUCUUCCAAUAACCCAUAUAACAUAUUCGGUAUAGAAAAUUUAUUAACCAAUAUACCGCAUCGCCAAGAUAAUAACAAGAUAAGUACCAAAUGCAAAUCAGAUAAAUAUGGUAGCGAUGGUGAAUCAGUUGAGGAUGAAGACGAAAUUGAGAAUGAGACUUCUAUUGAUUGGUUCACACAGGCAGCAAAAGAUGAUGAGAAACUUGUCAGCAAUACAAAUUUAUUAAAUUAUAUAUGCAAUAAUGAGCCAAAAUCAGAGGGACCUACGGAAACUACAAUCCCGGCAACAGAAAGCGUAGCUGCACGUCGCUCGAUUGGAAGAAGUGCAUUACUAAGACUCGAGAGAAGACUGUGGCAAUCACUGCAAGAAUAUAAUAAUAGUGAUGCACCAUCGAAUGAGUCCAACGCACACCAUGAAAGUUCCAUUUUUGGAGACGAAAUAGAACUAAAUUUUUCUGAUGAUAGUGAAUCAAGCGAAGGCUUCUAAGCUAA